UCUAGCCCCUCUCCUUGUUCGAUGACACUCGCUCGCUGCGCUGAGAGACAGGGACUUGUGUGAGUUCUGAACUCUCCCUCUUAUUUCUGUUUAAGGCGCACAAAUCUCUGCAGAUCUGAUUCACCAUGGCCCAGCCUCUUGUGAAGAAAGACGAUGAUCGGGACGAGGAAGCGGAGUACUCUCCUUUUACUGGGAUUGAGAAGGGUGCAGUCCUUCAAGAAGCUAGGGUUUUUAACGAUCCUCAACUUGAUCCCCGGAGAUGCUCUCAGGUCAUUACAAAACUCCUAUAUUUACUUAACCAAGGAGAAACAUUCACCAAGAUAGAAGCAACAGAAGUAUUCUUUGCUGUCACAAAGCUUUUUCAGUCACGGGAUAUAGGUCUAAGGAGAAUGGUUUAUUUGAUCAUCAAGGAACUUUCCCCUUCAGCAGAUGAGGUUAUCAUUGUCACAAGCUCACUGAUGAAGGAUAUGAACAGCAAGACUGACAUGUAUAGGGCAAAUGCUAUCCGUGUUCUCUGUAGAAUUACUGAUGGAACUCUUCUCACACAAAUAGAAAGAUACUUGAAGCAAGCAAUUGUCGACAAGAAUCCUGUUGUUGCCAGUGCUGCUCUUGUUAGUGGAAUUCACUUACUGCAGACAAACCCAGAGAUUGUGAAAAGGUGGAGUAAUGAGGUACAGGAAGCUGUUCAAUCACGGGCUGCCCUUGUACAGUUCCAUGCUCUGGCUCUUCUUCACCAGAUACGGCAAAAUGACCGGUUAGCUGUUAGCAAGCUAGUUACCAGCUUGACAAGGGGAACAGUUCGCUCACCUUUGGCCCAAUGCCUCCUUAUUCGUUAUACUAGCCAGGUAAUACGUGAGUCAGGUCUCAAUACACAAACAGGAGAUCGCCCAUUUUAUGAUUAUCUUGAGGGCUGUCUGCGACAUAAAGCAGAAAUGGUUAUUUUUGAAGCUGCUAGAGCAAUAACGGAGCUCAGUGGUGUGACCAGUCGAGAACUGACUCCUGCUAUCACUGUACUACAACUCUUCUUGAGUUCUUCAAAACCUGUGCUUCGUUUUGCUGCUAUCCGUACUCUAAAUAAGGUUGCAAUGACACAUCCCAUGGCAGUUACAAACUGCAAUAUAGACAUGGAGAGCCUAAUUUCAGAUCAAAACAGAAGCAUUGCUACACUUGCUAUCACUACACUCUUAAAGACAGGAAACGAAUCUAGUGUUGAUCGUCUGAUGAAGCAGAUAACCAACUUCAUGUCAGAUAUUGCAGAUGAGUUCAAGAUUGUAGUUGUUGAAGCUAUUCGAUCAUUAUGCCUUAAAUUUCCACUUAAGUAUCGAACAUUGAUGAACUUCUUAAGCAACAUUCUUAGAGAAGAAGGUGGUUUUGAGUAUAAGAAGGCAAUUGUUGACUCUAUUGUUAUCCUAAUAAGAGACAUACCAGAUGCCAAAGAAAGUGGGCUGUUUCAUCUCUGUGAAUUUAUUGAGGAUUGUGAAUUCACAUAUUUGUCUACACAGAUACUCCACUUUCUAGGAAAUGAAGGACCAAAGACAUCAGAUCCCAGCAAAUAUAUCCGUUAUAUCUAUAACCGGGUUAUUCUUGAGAAUGCAACUGUUCGGGCCAGUGCUGUAAGCACCUUGGCAAAAUUUGGUGCUAUGGUUGAUUUCUUAAAGCCUCGAAUAUUUGUUUUAUUGAGACGCUGCCUCUUUGACAGUGACGAUGAAGUUCGUGACAGGGCAACACUUUAUCUAAAUAUGCUUGGGGGUGGUGAUGAUUCUGUUGAUGGCACUGACAAGGAUGUGAAAGACUUCCUUUUUGGGUCGCUGGAUGUUCCAUUGGUCAACCUGGAGACAAGUUUGAAGAACUACGAGCCUUCAGAAGAACCUUUUGACAUUGAUUCUGUACCAAGGGAGUUUAAGUCACAGGCACUUGCUGAAAAGAAAGCCCCGGGUAAAAAGCCAACUGGGCUUGGUGCUCCACCCAGUGGCCCCACAUCCACUAUUGAUGCUUAUGAAAAGAUGCUUUCCUCCAUCCCUGAAUUUUCAAGCUUUGGGAACCUUAUCAAGUCAUCAGAACCUGUGGAACUGACAGAAGCUGAAACAGAAUAUGCCGUUAAUGUUGUUAAGCAUAUCUAUGAUGGACAUGUUGUGUUCCAGUACAACUGCACAAACACUAUUCCUGAACAACUAUUGGAAAACGUCACUGUUAUUGUGGAUGCCUCAGAAGCAGAGGAAUUUUCUGAAGUUUCAUCCAAGCUUUUGAGAUCACUACCUUACGAUUCUCCAAAGCAGACCUUUGUUGCAUUUGAAAAGCCAGCUGGAGUCCCUGCUGUUGGGAAAUUCUCAAAUAUGCUAAAGUUCAUUGUUAAAGAGGUUGAUCCUUCUACUGGAGAAGCAGAAGAAGAUGGUGUUGAAGAUGAGUAUCAACUGGAGGACCUUGAGGUUGUUGCUGCAGAUUAUAUGUUGAAAGUGGGAGUCUCCAAUUUCAGGAAUGCUUGGGAAAGCAUGGGUCCAGAUUGUGAGCGGGUUGACGAAUACGGCCUUGGUGCAAGGGAGAGCUUGGCAGAGGCUGUGAGUGCUGUCGUCAACAUUCUUGGCAUGCAGCCCUGUGAGGGGACUGAGGUAGUACCGAGCAAUUCAAGGUCACACACAUGUCUGCUGUCUGGUGUGUUCAUGGGCAAUGUCAAGGUGCUUGUCCGAUUGUCAUUCGGAAUUGAUGGGCCCAAGCAGGUUGCUAUGAAGCUGGCUGUUAGAUCGGAAGAUCAAACUGUCAGUGACAUUAUCCAUGAGAUAAUUGCCAGCGGUUGAUUGCAGAUCUCAACAUUGUUGGAUUUGAUUUUGGCCCCUUUCUUCCUUUCUUUAGUGAGACCGGAUACAUGGAGGAUGUGUUGGUUCUCUGAGUGUUGCAGUUAGCGUUGGCUUCAAACAAAAAACUAAUAGACGAAACAGAGAUCAUUUCCAGCUUUGGAGGUACAGUUUUCAGAGACGGGAAGCUGUUUUUUUACCUGUACUUUCUUGUUUAAUUUUUUGGGGGGUUGGUUGCCCAUUCAUAUUUGAUAUUGGUUUUAAAUUAAGAACAUAGAAUUUAGGUAAUUUUGGUGAUUGACUCCCGUGUCUGAUAUAUGAGAACAUUUGAAUAAAUUCCCGAUGUUGGCAUCA